GUCCCACAGUUGUGAAAAAUACUCUGGGUAACUGAAGCAAGCUAUAAAAGAGUUUUCACCACAGUGGCAGACAACAAACAUGGAAAUGACACGGGUUCUUGCUCAUCUGUAUCUGCUGGGAUGUCUUGUGCAUACCCUGAAAAAAGCUGCCACGGCCUCACAAUUUGAGUUGGCCGGGGAUUAUUUGAUCGGUGGACUUUUUGAUAUCCAUCAUGAAAAUGAAAGGCUCCCUCGAGAGAAACCAGAAAGCAUUACCUGCUCAAGUCGACCAUUUAUCCUGUCAAGUUACCGGAGGUUUCAGCUCAUGAGAUUCUCAGUCGAGGAGAUCAAUAACUCCACCAGACUGCUGCCAAAUGUCAGUCUCGGUUAUAAAAUAUUAGACCUCUGCUCAGACACGCAGAACUUUCCCGGUGUUUUCAGCCUCAUCGCUGGCAACCGUUUCAUCCAGCCCUGGAACGACUCGCAGAGGGCCACGUCUAAAAUGAUCACGGUGGUGGGCUCUUACACAAGCUCAGCGACGCUGAGUGUCGCCCCACUCUUCAUGAUGGAUUUCUUUCCAAUGGUCAGUUACGGAGCUGCCAGCUCGGUCUUUUCCAGUAAAAAAAAGUUUCCGUCUUUCCUACGAACGGUCCAUCCGAACAAAGAUGUGAUAGAGGUGGUUCUAGCCAUACUGCAGGAGUUCGACUGGCGCUGGGUGUCAUUCCUUCACAUCAACGACGAUUACGGCAGAGACGGCCGGGACUUGUUUAUAAGGGAGAUCGAGCACACGGAGAUCUGCCUAGGCUACACGAAAGGCCUCGAUCAGAACACUAACUACUCUCAGGUUUUCCAAAAUAUGCAGUCAGUGAGGAUACACGUCGCGAUCGUUUUUGCACCAGAGUGGACCGCUGAAGCUCUCAUCAAGGCCGCCAUAAAGCACAAGGUCACCAACAAAGUGUGGAUAGCUGGAGAUGCUUGGUCCUUACACAAAGAGCUUCCCAAAGAAAAUGGAAUUGAAAACAUUGGAACGGUACUCGGGAUAGCUGAGCCCAAGAUGGCAAUACCGGGUUUCAGUGAUUUCAUCCAUUCUUUUAAAGCCCGGUCUCAACAGGAUGAGGGCAUGCAAGAAAGGUUUUGCAGUCAGACCUGUAACUGCAGUAGUCCCACAGCUGAAGAGAUCAUUAACACAGAUCCAUCUUUCAAUUUUCCUGUUUACUCCGCUGUGUAUGCUGUUGCUCAUGCCUUACACGCUGUCCUCCAAUGUGACACUGCCAGUUGUAAUAGAAAUAUUACAGCAGAUCCCCACAGGAUACUAAAAGAGCUGUGGAACUCCAACUUUACGCUUCUGAAUCAGAGGGUUCAGUUUGAUGAGAAUGGUGACCCCUAUUUUGGAUCAUAUGCAAUAGUUUUCUGGAACGAGACAGGAGACGCAGAGAGGGUCGGCUUUUACAGUUAUCACCCGUCCAAUCAGUUCGUCAUCAACAGGACCAAAAUCAAGUGGCAUGGAAACGGCUCAGUUCCACGGUCGGUUUGUUCUGAAGAAUGUGAGAGUGGAUUUGCAAAAAAACUAGUAGGACUUCACAGAUGCUGCUUCAACUGUGAAAAAUGCCAAGCUGGAUCCUACAUCAACAACACAGCAAAUCCUUACAUCUGCUCCAAUUGUAGCAAGACAGAGUGGUCUGAAGAAGGAAGUAUUUCAUGCCACCAGCGGGUGGAGGACUACAUGCUUUUCUCACAUGGCGGAGCUGUGGUGAUCAUGCUUGGAGCUUUGGCCUUUGUAGGCCUCGCUGCAGCUGUAUCAGUUCUCUUCUUCAUUAAUUACGACACUCCUGUUGUCAAAUCUGCUGGAGGACCCAUGUGCUUCCUGAUUUUAGGCUGCCUCAGUCUGUCUAGUGUCAGUAUCUUCUUUAAUUUUGGUAAACCCACAACAGCUUUUUGUAUCUUACAAUUUUUACCUUUUCAGUUUUUCUUCACAGUGUGUCUGGCCUGUUUUGUUGUGCGCUCUUUUCAGAUUGUCUGCAUUUUCAAAAUAGCAAAAAAGUUCCCAAACAUCCUCAGCUGGUGGAUGAAAUAUAAGGGGCAAUGGCUGGUCAUUUGUGUGGCCUUUAUCUCCCAGGCGCUCUUACUUAUCAUUAGCUAUUCUGCUGAGCCCCCAAAUCCUCACUCUGACGCAGAGCUGCAUCCAGACAAAAUCAUCCAUCAGUGUGGACACAAUUUUAAUACAAUAUUAGGUCCUCUUCUUUUAAAAUCGUUAUUGGUCAUUCUUUCUUUUGGUUUUUCCUACGUUGGAAAAGACCUGCCGAAAAAUUACAACGAGGCUAAAGCAAUAACUUUCUGCCUCCUGCUGUUGAUAAUCAUCUGGAUCAUAUCUAUCACUACCCACCAGCUUUACUCUGGAAAGUCCGUCCAGGUUAUUUAUGCAAUGGCAGUACUUUGUAGCAUCUACUCUUUUCUGUUCUGGUAUUUCCUGCCAAAAUGUUACAUCAUUAUGUUUCAACCUCAGAAAAACACUCAGCAGUACUUCCAAAGUCUUAUUCGGAGUUACACAAAGAUAGUAACCCAGUAGCUUCUUGUCUGUCUCUGGGCCUUCUAAAAACGUUCUCCCUCUGGAGAACUGUGGAGCCCUGUCUGAUGUGCAGUCAAUAGUCAUUCCGCAUUUUAAUCGGCGCCGCAGGCAAAGGACAUUCCCCUCUGAGCUUACAUUUUGUCUUAGGCUGCCUGAGGUAGGAAGGUAAAGCUUCCUCAGUGAGCUUUGAAAACAAGUAAAAGAGCUUUUAAUCUAUUCUGAAAAGUUUGGGAAGCCGAUGGAGUGCAGCUAAAAUGGGGGAAAUGUGCCCAUAUGUACGUGUGCCUGGUAAAGACGUGCUACAACAUUUGGUAUUCUCUGUAGCUGGAAAAUAUAGUUUCUCCCAACCAGGUUCUAAAAUUAUUACAAUUUUACCAAGUGAACAAAACUGUACACCACAGAUCCCAGCAUGCCAUUACUUAAUAAAACAACAUCAUAUUUUUAGACGGACCUAGUCAUGUACUACGACUUCACAAAUUUCUACGCCAGUAGCUCCCUCUGGUUUCAUGCAAAGGUUUUCCGAUUAAAUUAUUGGCUUUUUAUAUUUUAUUUCUCUGUUUUAAACUUUGUUUUUGCUCCAUUUGUUUGUAGGUGAAGCACUUUUAUGUAUAGUUACCAUAACAAGACCACUUGACCAGAAGUACAAUAUUGUGCAUGUGCACAAUGAGUAAACAAGGAGAAGCAGUGAAGCAAGCAACACCCAGUGGAGUUGUGAAAAGAAAGAGAAAAAGAAAGUAACCCUAAUCCUGUAGAUCUACGUGGUCGGAGACCAAGCUGGACGGUCUGCUGACCAAGCUGGACGGUCUGCUGGCUCCUACAGCAACUGCGUCAGUAGUCACCCUCUUCUGAUAGUUCCACGUUAUUGCCAGCAGAUUCACAACAAUGCUUAUGUCUCCCGAUCGCACCAAUGCAAAAUUCUUUUCAGGCUCAAAAAGGACUAAGUAAACACUAUCAAGAUGAAUGCACAAGAUAAAUGUGCAUUUUUUUAAAAAUUAUUAUUAUUAUAGUCAUAAAAUGCGACUAGGCCCCUUUAAAUUAUUUAUAUCAUACUCUCAUUACUUUUAGACUGAUUUUAAGCAUUUAAGUCAAACGCUGUAUACAAAUUGUGCUACAUUAACAAGUUUGCUCCUUCUAACUGAUCAUAAUACAGUACACAGAGGUUUGGGAUUGCUCCUUAUGCUAAAAUGUUGUCCUCCCACAAUAAUCACUGUUUCUUUUUUCAUUGAUCUUAAUGGAUAACUCUCCGUUCUAUUUAAAACUUACCAUAUGUUUAUAGAUUGUUUAUUCUGUUUUAGGUAUUUAAAUAUUCAGUAAUGCAGAAGUAGCUUUGUAUGGCUGCAGAGGUGCAUGUGGCUGCGACAGAGGUGCAUGUUCUGUUGCCUCCUGGGAGUUAAUUCAUGAGAUGUAACAGUGAGAUAAAUAUAAAUGCAAAGUUUCAGGUAAAGUUAGGUACAUGUGUUUUAAAAGAACUUUUGAAACACAAUAUUAAUUCUAAUUAAUUAAUUCUGCAUGAUAUUCAGUGAACAAUUAUAUGCA